AGAAGUUUGUUGGCCCGGAACCAAGCGCGCCACCGCGCAAUCCAGCUCCUUUGAAGCAGGCGGGCGAUGAAGCUUAACCUUACCCCAGCUAGAUACCAAAUCAACCUGAGCGGAAGAGAUAAAUGUAGCUGCAAAUUAGACUAAUUAUUCUUUAGCAGAUAUAACAGCAGACAACUUCAGAGCAUAUAGUUCAAUGUCAGUGAUCCUAGCUUGCAGAUUCGUGGUCAUUUGUUCCCAUGGUUUCACGGCACAAUGAGGCACACUGGCUCUUGGAAACUGUGGACCUGGGUGGCAAUGUUCCUGCUUCCUGCUUUCACUUGUGUGACGGUCAGGGACAAGUCAGAAAGUACCUGCCCGAUACUGAGGAUGAAGGGAUAUCAAGAUGACAGAAGCAAACUUCAGGUUUCAGGCUUUGAUCUGGGAGAGAGUUUUGCUCUGAGGCGUGCAUUUUGCGAAGGUGAUAAAACCUGUUUCAAAUUGGGAAGUGCCCUUCUUCUCAGAGACACUGUUAAGAUAUUUCCCAAAGGCCUUCCUGAGGAGUACUCUGUAGCGGUCAUGUUUCGAGUACGAAGAAGCACCAAGAAGGAGCGGUGGUUUUUAUGGCGGAUUUUAAACCAGCAGAAUAUGCCACAGAUUUCUAUAGUGAUUGACGGUACAAAGAAGGUGAUAGAAUUUAUGUUCCGCGGUGCUGAGGGGGAUCUGUUGAACUACGUUUUUAAGAAUCGAGAACUCCGCCCUCUCUUCGAUCGUCAGUGGCAUAAACUUGGCAUUGGUGUGCAAUCCCGAGUCCUUUCUGUCUAUAUGGAUUGUAAUUUAAUUGCAAGUCGGCACACGGAAGAGAAGGACUCUGUGGAUUUUCAUGGGAAGACAGUUAUUGCCGCGCGAGCUUCAGAUGGCAAGCCUGUGGACAUUGAACUUCACCAGCUCAUAAUCUCCUGCAAUGCAGACUUCCUAGCUAAGGAAUCAUGCUGUGACCUAGCAGCUACUAAGUGUCCUGAGCAAGACAACUUUGGAAGUACCACUCCAUCAUGGGUGACCGCUCACACUGGUGAAAUGUCUUUAUAUCUGCCAGGAAAGCAGGAACUUAAAGACCCAUGCCAGUGCAUUCCAAUCAAGGAGGAAGCAGGCUCACCAACUCUGGGUUCCCUUGGACCUAAAGGGGACAAAGGAGAACCGGGUGAAAAUGGCAUCCAUGGUCUUCCAGGCUUACUUGGUCAAAAGGGAGAACAAGGACUUGAAGGCACCAAAGGAGAAAGUGGUGAAAAGGGUUUGAAAGGUGACUUGGGUCCUCAAGGUCCACCUGGCCCAAAAGGAGAAAAGGGUGAUAUGGGACCUCCAGGGCCACCAGCCUCAACUGCUUCCAUAGGGAUACAAGGCCCCCAAGGUCCACCUGGAAAAGAAGGUCAAAGGGGAAGACGAGGAAAGACAGGACCUCCAGGAAACCCAGGCCCUCCAGGACCACCAGGACCUCCUGGGCUACAAGGACUACAGCAGACUUUUGGCGGCUCCUUCAAUAAGGGAACUGGUGAUCACGAAGCUGGUGGCCCAAAAGGAGAAAAGGGUGACUCUGGGCUGCCAGGAUUUCCAGGGUCUGUUGGCCCUAAAGGACAGAAAGGAGAACCCGGGGAGCCUUUAACCAGAGGUGAAAAGGGAGACAGAGGAGAGCCCGGCCUUUUAGGACCACAGGGAAUGAAGGGGGAACCUGGAGAUGCUGGUCCCCCUGGUUUAACAGGAAGCCCAGGGCUAAAGGGUCAGCAAGGACCUGCAGGUUCCAUGGGGCCCAGAGGACCACCAGGAGAUGUUGGAUUGCCAGGAGAACAUGGUACCCCAGGGAUACAAGGCAUUAAAGGAGAGAAGGGAGAUGCUGGUGGAAGGCUAGGCCCUCCUGGACUUCCAGGUCCAAAGGGUGAUGCUGGGCCUCCAGGGAAAAGCCUGCCAGGGAAACCAGGAUUGGAUGGAAAUCCUGGUGCACCUGGCCCACGUGGGCCAAAGGGUGAAAGAGGACUACCAGGUAUCCAUGGCUCCCCGGGGGACACAGGCCCACCAGGGGUAGGAAUCCCUGGCAGGACAGGCUCCCAAGGACCCGCCGGAGAGCCAGGUAUUCAGGGUCCUCGAGGUCUGCCCGGAUUGCCAGGAACCCCAGGGACCCCAGGGAAUGAUGGACCUCCCGGGAGAGACGGGAUGCCAGGCCUUCCAGGCCCCCCAGGUGACCCGAUUGCACUUCCUCUCUUGGGAGACAUUGGCGCCUUGCUGAAGAACUUCUGUGGCAACUGUCCAGCCAGUGUUCCCGGGCUGAAGAGCAACAAAGGGGAUGAAGGAGGCACUGGGGAACCUGGAAAAUAUGAUUCAGCAGCCAGGAAGGGGGAUGCAGGACCACGGGGUCCUCCAGGAGUCCCAGGCAGAGAGGGGCCAAAGGGAAGCAAAGGAGAGCGGGGCUACCCUGGAAUGCAUGGGGAGAAGGGAGAUGAGGGUCUUCAAGGAAUUCCUGGCCUCUCAGGAGCUCCUGGCCCAACUGGACCUCCUGGCUUAACAGGAAGAACUGGACACCCCGGUCCCACUGGAGCCAAAGGUGACAAGGGCAGCGAGGGGCCCCCUGGGAAACCUGGACCUCCUGGACCCCCUGGUGUCUCGCUCAAUGAAGGAAACGGCAUGAGCAGUUUGUACAAAAUCCAGGGAGGAAUGAAUGUUCCCAGUUACCCAGGACCCCCGGGACCUCCUGGCCCAAAAGGUGAUCCCGGCCCAGUGGGAGAGCCUGGUGCGAUGGGCUUGCCAGGACUCGAAGGAUUUCCUGGUGUAAAGGGAGAUCGAGGCCCAGCAGGUCCCCCAGGAAUAGCCGGCAUGUCGGGGAAACCCGGUGCCCCAGGCCCUCCAGGUGUUCCAGGGGAACCGGGUGAUAGAGGGCCUGUUGGAGAUACAGGUUUUCCUGGACCAGAGGGACCCUCGGGGAGACCAGGCAUAAAUGGAAAAGAUGGAUUACCAGGUGCUCAGGGCAUCAUGGGUAAACCUGGAGACAGAGGCCCCAAAGGAGAGCGCGGUGAUCAGGGAAUUCCAGGAGACAGAGGCCCACAAGGCGAACGUGGCAAACCAGGCCUUAUGGGCAUGAAAGGGGCUAUUGGUCCUGUGGGGCCCCCAGGAAGCAAGGGCUCAAUAGGAUCACCUGGCCACCAGGGCCCUCCAGGCUCUCCAGGCAUCCCCGGCACGCCGGCUGAUGCUGUUUCAUUUGAAGAAAUCAAAAUGUACAUUAAUCAAGAGGUCCUAAGGAUUUUUGAAGAGAGGAUGGCUGUGUUUCUGUCCCAAAUUAAGCUGCCAGCAGCAAUGCUGUCUGCUCAAGCUCAUGGGAGGCCUGGCCCACCGGGGAAGGAUGGGUUACCUGGACCCCCGGGAGACCCCGGACCCCAAGGCUACCGAGGACAGAAGGGGGAAAGAGGAGAACCUGGGAUUGGGCUGCCAGGGAGUCCAGGCCUUCCUGGAUCUUCAGCAGCAGGUUUGCCAGGUUCACCAGGGGCCCCAGGGCCUCAAGGACCCCCAGGCCCCAGUGGAAGGUGUAAUCCGGAAGACUGCCUCUAUCCUAUGACUUCUGCCCAGCAGAAGGCAGGUGGAAAAUGAACGCUACAGAGGAAGACUCGUUCCUGGUGAGAUGGCCGUGCCAUUAGAGCUAUUGAUCUAUGCUUUACAGCCACGUGCUCUCGAGGCCUAUGAUUUCUGGACUGUUUUUCUUUGCUUUUUUUUUUUUUCUCUGAUGUGGCACAAAUAUCUGAAGCCACCAUCUGAAUCAUAUCCUGACAGUAAUUGGAAAUCAGUAUUUUCAGAUGUUUCCCAACUUCGUUCUGUGUGUUUUGCUUUACCGUGGCCAUGAGUUCUACUCAGUUUCAUAUGAAAAUGCAAGCGAGCCUGUCACGGGUUCUUCAGAAGAAAUCUGAGGAGGUGAUAUGGGCCACAGACGACAUACGGUUUGUGAACUCAUCAACAUGCUUAGACUUUGAUUUCUGAACUUGAAUUUUUGAAAUUUAUAUUGAUAUUUGCUUCACAUUUAAAUUUACAAUUGUUGCUUGAAAGUCAUCUUUCUGCUCUUUUGAGAUUGAGACAGCAUAAUACUGCUGUUGAUUGUUCUAUGACUGAUUUUUAUGAGAAGUCUUACACCAUUCUACAUUCAUUCUAUUUAUACAGAAAAAUAGGCAAUAAGAGAUCCACUUUUAAGUUAUUUUUCAAAGGACAAACUGUGGGAGACUCUUUAUCAGGGAGCCCCCAAACUCAGCAUAGCCAACCAUCGAAAUGACUCUGCGUCUUCCUUGCUGUGAGCUCAAUUUGAAGUACUCCUCAUGACACUGAACAUAUGCUACAGGAGAAAGAAGGAACCAAACUAAUCCUAUGCUCACUUCAAUGAGUCUCCAGUGAUGGAGAAAGUGGUUUUUCCCUAAGAGGUGUUUGGUGGUGAAGUCAAAGUAGCAAGUACCAAGUCUUUGGAUUUUGACAAACUUUAGUAGUCUGGCAAGACAUUUGUUCUCCUUCACUCAUUAUUCUUCUGACUUUGUGAUCCCCAGACCCACCAUCAGGGCAAAGCACAGGACUUGUAGUGAUGGAAAACAGAAGAGUCCUCACCUUGCAAAGUGAAGGUGAAGCGCCAGCCAAUGAAUAGGUGGAGCACACGCCGUCCUAAGAAUCAUGGAUGUCUUUUUAGAAAGAGUCCAGUUCUGCAAAGAAAAGAUGGAGAUUCUGCGUGAAAGGCACUCCAUGCCUACAGUGUUCUGGGUUUGGAGAUUUUGCUCAGUUGUAGAGCACUUUCCUGGUUCCAUCCUCAGCUCUGGGGUAGAAAAUAAAUAAACAAAAUAUACUCUAAAAGGAAGCAAAACUCCAGUGGGGUUAGCUGUAUUAUCCAAUGGUAUUUUAUACUCCCUACCUAUUCAUUGUUUGGAGCAACUUUUUGUUGCUUUUAUAGAAUAUUUAGCACAAGGAUGGACGUUGCUGGGAUCUAAUUCAUUGGAUUUCCCCAGAAGCUGAGUGCACACCACCAGAGCCCUCCGGUCACAGAGACUAAUUCACACCUCAAGGAGCAGAACAUAUUCCACAGGAUAGGACGGUGUUUUCUACCUACAGGCAAUGAAUUUAGAAAAGCAAGCCCCCGAGAGUGGGGAAAGCUGUGAAGGGUUUUCCCGGGAAGCAUGCCUGACGUAAGGCAGAGUUUGUUCAAAGGCACCCAUGAUUUGAACCGGCUUUCCUUACAAAUAGAUGAGCUGCUGGCCAGGUACUGUCAACAUAGUUGUGCAUAAAUAUAGCUUUUUAGGUAUUUAAUAUUGAGUUUUCACUGUGUAUUUCCAUCCAAGUUUAUUUAUUUUCCAAGUCUACUUUAUUUAUUUCCAAUGUUUUAAAACAUCUUGUUGCUUAUUCCUUUAUUUUCUUUCUUAUGCAAUACCUGCAAUGGUGCUGUGUUUUAAACUCAUGCAAUUGGAAGAUGCAGACAUUUAUAUAUGUAUCUUCAUAAUCAAACGAUAGUCUACCCCACCCCAUGUACAUAAAGUGAAAAGAUGGUGCUAUGUGUAUAUUUUGAGCUUUCAAUUUGUUAAAUUUUCUGAAAACUUACAAAAUACCUGGCACAUAUUAAUUUACUUGAAUUUGCUGUAAAGCUAAGACUUUUAUAUGUUUUCGAAGAUUAUUUUUCAUAUUAAUUGGCAGGUUAUUUAUCCUUUUGCCUUUUGGUUUAUUCAAAAAUAUUUAUUUCAUAAUUUUAAUAUUUUCAUGAACAUUUGACUGGUGAUAAUGCAUUUGGGUUUUUUUAUUGAUCAGUUCAUAUGUAGAAAAAGGUUUCUUGUUUUGUAAAUUAUAUUCAGUUGCAUUCACUUCAGUUCCACAGAACAGAAACCUUUCUUAUACGUGGUAUAGCUAUUAUUCUUCCUUUCUCUAAUUUCUGUGACUGUGUGACUGGCUUAUUUCUGUCUCAAGGAUUUAGAUUGAUUCAUGUGACUUGAGGAGGGGAUAAAAUGUUACAUGAUACAUAUUGAGAGUGACCUGUCACCGAGAUGCAAGUUCAUUUUUAAAACUGGGGCAUGUGACUAAGUCUGAUAUAACCAGAGAGAGGGGCCUGAGAUUAUAUAGCACAAACCCUCACUCAUCUUGGAAAGUUGUUUUCCUUUUUCUGCCUCAGCUCUAUUCAUAACAAAGGGCUACAAGGAACACUUAGUCUAACAAGCAUAACAAUGAGAUUGGCAGGUGCUCAACCCUUUGGUAAAAUAAACAUGAUAAUUUGGUCCCCCAAGUAGAAUAGGAAAUGUCCCUCUAAAUAACCAUUUGUUUCAUUAAAAAAAAAUAAUUAAAAAAGCUGUUUACUUCAGGUGUUGUCUUUAGCAAGAGGAAGAAUUAUUAGUUUUCUCUCAUUCAUACUACACAUGUGUUUAAAUACAAAAUAACUAUAGGCCAUGAUGACAAUAUUACAACUUUUUUUUCUCAUAAACAAGGAUUUUAGGACUCUUUUUAAACAUUAUCCCAGUUCAGGUAGCAAUUUUAGCUACAUAUCUUCCUAUGUAGAGAUGAUCUAUUCCCAGUUCAUUUUGCUGGCUUUUAGAGUCAAAAGAAAAGAGAGAAGAAUGACCUUUCCACAUGAAAGCAUUGACCAUUACUUACAACCACAACAGAAGCAAUCUGGCUUGAGAUUUUCAACGUCUAACCUUGAUCAGAGCUAUUUAAAGACUUUGACCUCUUGUGCUUUUUUUUGUCUUUCACGAUAUAGUUGAAGAUUGAAAUUUUGCCUACUACAAAGCUUAAGGAAUUAUAUCACAAUAUACUGCCUAUAUAAAUUACCAUUUGAUUCUGAGUUUAUAAGCAAUUUCUAUGACUAUGUCCUAGACAUGGUUCAGCUCUUCAGCAUUUCUGAGAAACUUAUUACAUACCUCCUUUGUCCACAAGAUGGUAUUGGUGGCAGUUUGUUCAGAACUGAAGUCUAAACCCUAGAAAAGUUUGGUGAACAACUAAGUCAGACAUUGGCCUUUGCACUUUUGUUUUGUAAAUAUUCUUUGUUAUUCAUUUAAUUAAUUUGCGUUUUUCAGAAUUUUCAGUAGCUUUGUGAGGCAGGCACAAUAGCUUUUGGUUUGUUGGUUGUCUCAUUUGUAUUUAUUUAUUAUAUGUAUACCUAUAUGCAACAUGUGAAUUUGCUAUAAGGCUGUCUUAUGCCACUUAUGCAUUUCCAUGACUAAUGUGCACACGCUAAGUAUUCAUCCCGCCUUGCAGACAGGGUAGGUGUCCCUCUGACAAAUGAAACACAUUUAGCUUAGCACAAGGAGCUAUUUACACAUUAUACAAUGUCUAAACUCCUUAUUGCUCAAGAUAAAUUUUGCAAUUAAAUUUGGACAAUGUCUAUUUUUCUAGAAAUAUGUCACCCUUUACAAAAAUAAGUAAGAAAACUGAUUUUCAAAAUGCCAUCCUUUUUAUUUUAAAUGCCAUCCUUUUUCUAGUGUUGGUAGCACUAGCCCAAGACUGAGAAUUGGGCACAGUGAUGUUGAGGUGAUUUGAAUGACCCAGGGAAAAGCUGAACCGAUUUGACACUUGCCCUUGUCCUUAACUUACUUUCUACGCUUGUCUAGACGUAUCUACCAUGCCAAGACAUACGGUGUUUUCUCUCCUGUUCAGAGUGGGGCAUACUCUCCCUUUGUAUUCCUCUCAUCUCUAUGAGGGGAAUCCCAGGAGAGUUUAAUUAUUGCCCUUGAUGGUAAUGUUGUAGCCCAUUGACUUGUAUUUCUUCAUCAUCAGUGUGUAAAGUGGCGUUUGUUAGAUUAAAUAUAUCCAAUGAGUGGGAGUUCCAGGACACAGAAAAAGAGGUUAUUUCUAUUUUUAUUUACUAGUGUAGCUGGAGCUACCACAGCAACAUGUCACUGAACCAAGUCAUGACUUUGUUCAUCAGUUUGGUUUGAUUGAAUGCAGCUCCAAGCCAGACCCAGAGAACACUGAUUCAGGCAAGCAAACCAGCAAGAAAAUAAUUAUCCAAAAGACAAGAGGACACUUAGUCUAGCAAGAAACAGCUAUAAAGAAAAAAAUUUCAAGUUUGAUUUCAGUAGUGAUGUAUGGUUUGACUCAAGAUGUCAGCUGGUUGCUUCACGGACUCGCCCAAAGUGAACGCUGGAAAUGAGAGCAUCACUAAACUCCGGACUAACUGCUCAGCUCGUGACAUGAGUCUGGGCGUUGUUUGACCAUAACAAGCUGACAGGCAUCAACAUUCAAUUUUACAACUUUUUAUUUUGCUUUGGUUCUUAAGAUGUAUUUAGAGGAUAAAUACUUGUAGUGAAUUUGAAUUCAGAUUGUGUUAUGGACUAUUUUAUAACUAUUUAUUUUUAAAAUAACAUUUGGGAUGUAUUUUUCUUCAUUUUGUUUGUUUGCUAUCUUACCUCACCAGCUAUUUAAGGUUGAGUUUUAUUACACUCACUUCAAGUGGAAUGCUCCUCACUUUAUGAUAAAUCCCAGUGAAUAUACGCUUGUAGGCCUUGGUUCCUCUUGCUUUAUUAAUGCGUCAGGAAUGCCUCGCCUCUCUCAGCAAUAAAGGAAUCCACUCUAAAUCAGGGACCUCUAAGGUGCAAUUCUUAACACUGUGUCUACACUUUCGUCCUUCUGCGUGGCUGAAGCUCCACCCUAGUUCUGUUCUGUUAGUUCUUAGCCACGCUGAGGCUUCACAGUCACCCUCACGCCAAGAGCAAGCCCACAGCAUCCGUGGAGCCCGGGACUGCUCUACUGGAGGCUCAGUGUCUACCACACUGGCCUCACAGUUUGAAUUUGUGACCUUCCUCCCUGGCAAACUAUGCAAAGCCCAGUGUAUUGAUUUCAGAUGAGAAUUAUAAACAGAAACAGAAGUAAGAGUGAGUCCAAAAUGAUGUUCUCUUCUAAUAGAAGUUAAAAUCAAGUUAGACUUCUUGCUAGAAAGAACUCUUAGAAAGCUAAGACGAGUCGUGACUAACGUCCCUCCUAUAAUAAGUUUCUUAGCAUGGCAAUACAUAUUUAAAUAUAUAGUAUGUUUUCUAUCAGAAAUUAAUUAAAUCAAAAUAUGCCAGUGGCUUUAUAUGUCUAUAUGGACUAGCUAAUGACUUAAACAAUUCUUAACUAUCCUUGCCUUCAUAUUCCCUUACAAUAAAUUAAGUGGGUGCUCUCUAAAAAGUAUUGUUGUCUUCUCAGAUGCAACUGUGAACUUGGAGACCAAAUAAAAACACAUCAAAAUAAACUUGAAAAAGGAGACAUAAAUCCCAAAACGUUCCUUGGAGUCCAAUUUCCUCCAUUGUUUCUCUUCAGUUACAAAUGUAGAAUGAACAGCAGCACACAAAAGCAUGGGAAACAGAAAGUUAGUGUAAAUUGACAGUUUUUAAGACACAAAUAUUUAUCAGACAGCUCCCUCUUGCCAAUAACCAGAUCUAUCAAGCAUGCUACAGGUCUUUGGAUAACCUUCUCAAUGCCAUUUGAACGUGUGUAUUGCAUAUACAAUAUUAUAAAUGGCCAACUUGUAUUUAAUAUUUACUGAGCCAUUGGUACUUAAUGUUCAACAUCAGAAGUUCAUAAAAACAACUUAAGUACACAACUGGACAGUUUUUUACUACACAAAAAUCAUAACCUAUAAGGCCUAAGCACAAAUAUUGUCUUAGAGUUUUAGACUAUUUAUGGCCAUUUUCCAUUUGUAACAAAAGAAAUAGCUCACUAACGUCUCAUUUUUAGUGCCAUUUAUAUACCCCCUUCCCUAGGGUUACCAGCAUGCUUAACGGCAAUUCUCUUGCUAUUUGGGAUUGUGUUAUGGGAGACUUUUCACCAAUAUUGGUUAACUUCAAACCUGGAGCUUUUAUACCUCAGAAACAAUAUACCUCCAAAAUGAAAUAAUUGAAGCAGGGAUUUAAAUUAAGCACAUUUGGGGUCAGAUCUGAUAAUGUUUAAGGGUAGCAAUAUUGGUUUAACCUGCUUGAAAUAUAAAAUAUUCUACAUGGGUCACCAAACUGUAUGAUAUGACCACUCAUUCAUACUCUUCCGGCAAACAGAAGACAAUUAUCCAAAAUCAUCAACAAAUAUAUGUGCUCAGACUAGAAAAUUAUUUUCAUACUUAUUAACCAGCCUGUUGGCUAUUAGGAUUACGUAUCAAAUCAUCCGGCGUGACUAGAAAGAAACCAGAAAUCAUUUGCUCUUGACUAAUAUGCUGGUUUCUCAGCAACUUCAGCUGUCUACACAUUCCCCUCUUGACAGGGUCUCUGAUCAGCACUUCCCAAUCUCUAAAGCACACCAGGGAAGAUGUGGACAUCUCUAUUUUGCUAGGGAUGCAUAGUAGGCCUGCCUGGGUUUAGCAGCCAUCUUUCACGGAGAGCAUUCACUAGAAACAUUUUUUUGCAAGUUUUUCAUCAAAUAUUAGUGCUUCCCAUAAACUGUUUCAUUUAACUGAGAUUUACAGUGGGUUGGUUGUUCCUUCCAUUUGGGAGGUGCUAGUUUUGCAUAAGCUGUCUGUAAGUGGCUGUCCCAACAUUACUGUGUCUGUGGGUCUUGUUGUCCUGCCUCAAUAUGCAUCAAGUUUGUGUAACAGUUGGGUGAACUGAUAUUUGAAAUUUUAUUUUUUUAUUUCUUAUGAAUACGAUGUCAUAGGACUGAGGAACAUGUUUAAUUACUUAAUUUUUC